CUUUGCAUACCUAACAUCCCACACAACCAAACUACGGAGGACCCAGCUCUCUCCCUCCGCUUGCAUCCAAUCUUCUAUGGGGUCAUGCUGGUCUCCUGCCUCUACCCACCUCUGGGGUAAACACCGGAUGACAGACAGGAGACUCUAUUGGGGACUCUUACAAGUGUCACAACAGUGGAAGGUCAGACUGACAGGUGGCGUCUUGGAAGGUGGGAAGCUCUGCAGGCUUGUCCUGUCUCCCCUCGGCAGCUCUCUGAGGUGGGUGGAGAUCCCUCGCCAGCCAAUUCCCAAGCCUGAUCUGAGACUGAGAGGAAACGAAGCAUUAGCUCACAUGGCUCGCUUGCUGGUUCUGGCUACAGCCCAGCUUCUCCACAGCGUCCUUCAUCUUCCCCUGCUGGCCCAGGCCUCAAAUGCUGCCCUGCUCCUUCCAACUUUCACUCAGCCUCAGGGAUGGCUCUUCAGGAUGUCUGCAAGUGGCAGGCCCCCGACACUCAUGGACCGUCCCUUCGCUUGCCUCAGGCUGGUGGCUGGGCUGUGCCCCGGGGCUGUGACCCGCAAACCUUCCUGCAGAUCUAUGGCCCCAGGCUGGCUCAUGGCACCACCACCCUGGCUUUUCGAUUCCGUCACGGUGUCAUUGCUGCGGCUGAUACUCGUUCCUCCUGUGGCAACUAUGUGGCCUGUCCAGCCUCACGAAAGGUCAUCCCUGUGCACCGGCAUCUCCUGGGUACCACCUCUGGAACCUCUGCUGACUGUGCCACAUGGUACCGGGUGCUACGGCGGGAGCUGCGGCUUCGGGAACUGAGGGAAGGCCAGCUGCCCAGCGUGGCAGGCACAGCCAAACUCUUGUCAGCUAUGAUGUCCCGUUAUCGGGGUCUGGAUCUGUGUGUGGCCACUGCCCUGUGUGGCUGGGACCACUCUGGCCCUGCUCUCUUCUAUGUCUACAGUGAUGGCACUUGUCUGCAGGGGGAUGUCUUCUCGGUAGGCUCUGGAUCUCCCUAUGCCUACGGUGUGCUUGACCGUAGCUACCACUAUGACAUGACCGUCCAGGAAGCCUACACCCUGGCCCGCUGUGCUGUGGCCCAUGCCACCCACCGUGAUGCUUAUUCAGGGGGCUCAGUGGACCUUUUCCACGUUCGGGAGAGUGGAUGGGAGUAUAUAUCCCGCAGUGAUGCCUGCGUACUGUAUAGGGAGCUGCAGGAAGCCCGGGGCUUCGAGCAGGAGCUGGAGGCAAAAGCUAGUGAAGUCCUUCCUGAGCCUGCCACUCCGCAAGACGCUCGAGAAAGUGAACUCUCUGUGGAACUAGAGGAGGCGACACCAGAAGACUGCAAGACAAUAGUGAAGACCGAAACAAUGUGAGAAAGGACAGAACUUGGGGACCACCGGGACAGGGGAGGGUAGGUCAGGGAAUGAAGCUGCCUUGGCAGGGUUUGUUCUGGGAGCAGCCUCAUGGCAUCUGGGUCUGGCCCUUCCGGGUUGCCUGCUUUAUUUGUUAAAGUCCCCAUCCUCUCUGCCUCCCAGAGCUA